AAUGUGCAAUUGGUGUGGCUGCAUGGCAUACAUUAAACGCGUUGGCAGUCCAUUAAUAAUCGAUAUGAUGAAAAUCGGUAUAGUGUGCAUCGAUACAGCAAUCAUCGUAGCGGUCGCACGUGUUUACUUCGGUGUUUAAACUUGAGAAAGAAUCAAGCUCGGAAUAUACCUACAUAAGUCAAAAUGCCGCGCUCUAAACGUGAUAAGAAAGUUUCCUUAACUAAGACUGAUCGCAAGGGUCUCGCAUGGAAGCAACGCAUCAUCGACGACAUUCGAUUUUGUGUGGAGAAGUAUCCAAAUAUAUUUGUGUUCCAGGUGCAGAAUAUGCGUAAUAAUCUGCUUAAGGAUCUCCGACAAGAAUGGAAACGCAACUCUCGUUUUAUUUUUGGCAAAAAUCGUAUAAUGCAAAUCGGCUUGGGCCGCACAGAGGCUGAAGAAGUGGAAACUGGAAUACAUAAGCUAUCGAAACGUCUUAAUGGUCAGGUGGGUCUGCUAUUCACAGAGAAGACCAAGGAAGAAGUACUAAAAUGGGCAGAAAACUAUUGGGCCGUGGAAUAUGCGCGUAGCGGGUUUACAGCAACAGAAACGGUUACCUUGCCAGCCGGACCCCUAGAGGAGUUUGCACACUCAAUGGAACCGCAUUUGCGUUCACUGGGUCUGCCAACCAAACUGGAGAAGGGCAUUGUAACCAUAUACAGCGAUUAUACAGUUUGUGAAGAGGGCAAAGUGCUGACACCAGAGCAAGCGAGAAUUCUUAAAUUGUUGGGCAAGCCAAUGGCCAAAUUUCGCUUGACCAUGAAGUGCUCGUGGACCAAGGCUGAUGGAUUCCAACUGCAUGUUGAAGAUGAUGUGGAGGAGGACGAGAAUAAGGCAACAGAUAGCCCAAUGGAAGAGGAGGAAGGUGACGAUGCAGAUGAAGAUAUUGAUGAAGAGUAAUUAGCUAAGAUUUCA